AUGAAAAAAUUCAAAAUUUUGAAUUAAGCAAAUUUGAAGGUAAUUAUAUUUUUUAUUUCAGUCAAGUAAAAAUUAGGAGCAUUCAUCUAAAAUAGAUGAUCAUUAAGUAAUUUUUGCAGCAAUUGUAAAUUUAUAUAUAAUAAAUUAGUUAUAGAAAAUGCAGGGCAAAGUUAUUAAUUGUACAUUUUACUUGAAAUAUAUAGCUUUUUAUUAUAUUUUCUUGAUUUGGAUGCCUCUAUUGAUUUUGAUAGUAAAUGAAUUUAUAAUUGGAAUUGUGGCUAUAAGAAUAUGUAUGAUGAUUUUGUAAACUCAGAAUUUAUGGCCCAAGUCAUUUAUGCAUUCUUAGAAACAAAUUUUUUAAUAAUUAUAGGUUUCAUUUUUAUGA